GUCCGCCCUCCUGCCUUGCCCUCCCCUUGCCCACCAGCCAGACCAAGCACCGCCCGCGUUUGCCCUGGAGGAAAAAAAAGCCCGAGGGCCCCAGAGUCGAGAAGUGGAUGCUGCGCUGCUCGCGCGCGAGUGCUAUUACCGGUGCUGCUGUUGCGGGAACCCGGAUCGUCGUGCGAAAAGUGAGGUCAGGACUGCCCGCAUUAAAACUACGCUGGCCCGCCACACCCCCUCAGGGUACAACACCCUCUCCCACCCAUCCUCGAAUGGUCUGGUAGAUGGCUGCCGUCUCACAACCACCAUCACCACCACCAUCUCCUCCUCCUUCCUCACAGGCACCACCGCUUCCUGUCCACCACAACAGCCACAACAACAGCAUCGUCGACCCUCUCUGUGACGACAACAACCACGACGGCCACAGCGACAACCAAGACCCUACUACUCAAGUCGACGGCAGCUCCGAGACCCGUUCCCCCUCGCCGUCCUCGCCCGUGCCACAGCCUCGCAGCACAUCGCUGCACCACCACCACCACUCUUCUGCCUCGCUCUCCAGCAUUCGCCUUGUGCCUGCCCCGACGCAGCGUUCCCACCCUGACGCCGUGCCCACCAAAGGCAAGCCGUCCUCCACCUGGACCAAUUCCCGGCGCCCGGCUUCCCAGAAACCCUCAGGCAUCCGCGCCAUUGCUGCCGCUGCCUUUGACAAGACCAUUGCAAACAUCUCUGAGCCAGGCCUGGGUAGACGAUCGUCUUCAACGACCCUGCGGCGUCUGUCUCUAGUUCCAGAGCCCUCCGUCUCGCCCGCCAGCGAGCAGGACAAGGAGAGAAGCAGGAGCCGGAAUUCCACUCGACUGCCAGGUCCCUAUCCUCUGAGCAGACGGUCGAGUCUGGUGUCGCCCAAAGACCCCAUCUCUACCCCGUAUUUAGAGACUGAUCCCAGCCGCCCACCUCCGAUCAUUAUCUCGCCCGAAAACAAGAUGCAUCAAACAUCUUCGCGUCUCCUCCGUAUGACGGACGAUGAGCGUCCGUUCACAAAGGACUUCAAGGACCUCUACUCUACGCUCAUCGUCAGCUUGCUUCCAUUGUCCUCCCACAGAGUUCGCCUGACAAGAGUGGAACACACGUUCCUCUCCGAAGAUGCCAUUAACAACCUCGGCUCACUCAAAUUCUCUCAAUCAAACCGCAUGCCUGAUCCCAAAGAUCCCUCACGCAUCGUCACCACUACGACAACGACAACAUUCUCAAUGGCCAAGGAUAUGGCCCGCUCAAUAUGCCAAAGAUUUCUUGACGCCAGGUUCAUUGAGUCUGCGGAUGGAAAGCUGCAGCAGACGUACACAAUGAAGGGAUCUGUAUGGCAAUUAACCUCAAAGGGCGUCGCCGUCCUGGAUCGUUUCUGUUCUCGCAACGGUAUUCAGCAAAGGCAAAUUGGCGACCUGAUUGCCACUGGAGUCAGCCAGCUGUGCAUACUAGAGAGAGAUCCUACUUCUGACAAGUUGGUCAUGGACAGAGGCACCAUGGAAGUCGUCUUUCGGAGAAUGAUUGGUGCCAACGGGCUCAAUAUCAAGUCCAGUACGAGUUCGGCUGAUUCGGAAUCCCUAAGUGAUUACAGGGAUGGAUUGACUGGGGUCAAGAUGGCCAGCGAGCGCAAGAUUGCUGGCAAGACCUUCAAGGAUACCUUUACGGGCAAGGCGUGCUCGGAUUGGCUGAUGGACUGCUGCACGACAGUGGACCGCCGGGAGACUCUGGAAAUGGCCUCUCUAUUUGUGGAGUACGAUCUGAUGGAGUCGGUGCAGCAGGAUAGAGGUUAUAUGGCCACCUCACCGUCUGGCGCACUGUUCCAGCCCACCAAGAACGCGAUCUACCAGAUGACAACCAGAGGCCGUGAGGUCAUUAAUGGAUCGGGCGGCCGGGGUCGCACAUCGGAGAGCGAUGGUAUCCCCGCGACAACUACUCGUCCUGGCGUCGCCCGUGAUUCCAACACGCAGCGCCUCGACAAAAUUCUCAACGACGCUGCUCUUCGUCUGCUUUUCCGCGAGAACCUCCGUGAGACACAUUGCGAAGAGAACCUGUCCUUCUACCUCGACGUUGAUGAGUUCGUUCGCUCUUGCAAGGCUGCCAUCCGUGUCGCUCAGAAGAACCCGAACGCGACUUCAAUGGACGGCAUCAAGGAGAUCAUGGCGCAGGCCUACGGCAUCUACAAUGCCUUCCUGGCUCCCGGCUCGCCAUGCGAGCUCAAUAUUGACCAUCAGCUUCGCAAUAACCUUGCUACUCGUAUGACCAAGGCCGUAGGCCAGGAUGUGGCUAUGAUCGACACACUACAUGAGGUUACCGCCUUGUUCGAAGACGCGCAAAACGCCGUCUUCAAGCUCAUGGCUAGCGACUCCGUCCCGAAGUUCUUGCGGAACGCUAAGUAUGAGAGCACGCUGAAGAACUACGACUUUGACGCUGUCGUCCUCGGCAACGGCCGUGUACCAGAGCGGAGCCAGAGCAGAUCGAACCGAAAGUGACCGUCAUGUGUACCUGUUGAGUAACAGCAUAGCUGCGACCACCAAAGCCCCUCCGCAUAUGGACAUGGCGCUUGUGUAUUCAGCACUUCAGAUUUGGAUUUCCGGCAGAACUCUAUGUCCUCCAGCAUCGCGUUCGUUGGACUGCUUAGUUGCAUUGCGGCAUCUUCUUUCCCCACCGCACCAUUUUUGUUCAAUACUCCGCUUGUCACGACGAACGGUUUUUUAUGUAUAAAGACGCUUUGCAUUGGUCACUGCGGAGUCCCAUUCACGGGUGGCUAUUUGGGUCCUUGCACUUCCGCGAGGCUCAUUUGCUUUUUCAGGGUGACGGCGUUUUAGGAUACAUCAGCAUAGAAGAAGAGACCGAGAUGGAGAACCUCCAGCAUUCAAAAACAUGAUACAAAAUAAUUUCGAA